AUGGGUACGGGCCGAGCCCGAUGCGGAGCUCGCGCUCCGGGCCGGCGAAUGGAAGACCUGUCGGAGAUCCGGGGCCCGCCCCCGCCGCGCCGCUCAGCAGGGCCCGGACGGACGCCGCUCCGCUCAGGGCCUGGGCCGCGAGGUGACGGUGGCGGCGGGGCCGGCGGCGGCGCUCCGGGGCGCCGGCGGGCGGGCUCCCCGCAGGCGGAGGCGGACAGGCGGGCGGGCGGCGGCGGCUCCGCUUCGCCGCUGGGGCUCAGGCUCCGCGGCCUGCCAGGGGCGGGGCGGGGCCGGGCCGGGCCGGGCCUCCGCUUAACUCCUUCGCGCCGGGACCUCGCGCGGCGGCCACGCCCCCCAGAGAGAAGCCUCCACCUGCCGGGAAGCGCCUCCUUCCGCGCGGGCCCACCCCUCACGAAGUCCCGCCCCCUCAAAGACUGCUUUCCCCGAGACCCCUCCCCUCCACGGGGACCUUCCCUGAGGAUGACACUGCCACCAUCAGCGCCACCAGAACCCUUCAGUGCUGUGCCCACUCCUCCCUGCCUGGCUAUGACCAGCGCUUUCAUCCCGGGGCUCAAGCCUCGGAACCCUCAUUAUAUUCCAGGGUACACUGGACACUGCCCAUUACUUCAGUUCAGCAUGGGACAGACCUAUGGGCAGGUGACUGGCCAGCUACUUCAAGGCCCACCUGGCAUUGCCUGGCCUCCUGCCCGCCGCACACUUCUGCCUCCCAUUUGUCCUCCGAGAUCGCCUGAGCUUCUCGGGGAGAGGCCACCUCUCCGGCGUGGGCACGAAAGACUCAGCUCCAGCAUGAUCCCAGGGUACACGGGUUUUGUCCCCCAGGCACAGUUCAUCUUUGCCAAGAACUGCAGCCAGGUCUGGGCUGAGGCUCUGAAUGAUUUUACCCAGUGGCAUGGGAGGCAGAGGAGUCAAGAGCUGCUGGAGGAGGCCAAGGAAGAAAAGGACACAGAGGAACACCAGGAACCAAAGGCAGAAGAGCCGGAGCAGAAGGCUUCUCCUUACUCCAUGGAUGACACAGACCCUCAGAAGUUCUUCAUGUCAGGCUUCACUGGCUAUGUGCCCCGAGCUCGCUUCCUCUUUGGCUGCAGCUUCCCAGUGCUCACCAACCAAGCACUGCAGGAAUUUGGGCAAAAGCACCCUCGGCACAGGGCCCAGGAGGAGCUCCAGCCUCUCCCCCCACUUCCUAGAACCUACCUUCAGAACGCGGGUCUUCUGCCCCACUAUGGGGGCUAUGUGCCAGGGUAUAAGUUCCAGUUUGGCCACACAUUUGGGCAUCUCACCCAGGAUGCCCUGGGCCUCAACAGCUCUCAGAAGCAGCUCCUGGCUUAGGUAUCUGGACUUCAAGUUCUUCUUUGUCUUUUUUUUUUGGU